CCGAACAAUUCACAAUGGAACUGGUUUUUUUUUAUUAUUUUUGCCAUACACACGUAGAUUAAAUUAUAGUAGAACUUUGUAUAUGUAAAAGUGGACGUAACGAUUGAAGUAAAAAGUGUGUGUAACGACGCGACGCUACUGGAAAACACUUGGAUACCGGAAUUGCGUCGAAACGGGAGCAUUACGAAAAUGAUGUAAAAGAAAACUCUCAAGUAGGCAGCCCCAAAGCACUUCAUAUGUGUUCGUGUGCGCGCGUGAGUGUGUGUGUGUGUGUUGUGUUGUGCUCUGUUGGUGUGUGGAAAUUAACGUAGUGUGAAGAAGUGGAAUAAGGCAAAGCAACAACCAACAACAAAAAUAAUAAUUAUAAAAGCGACAAGCGACAAUUGCAAUCCAAGGCAAACAACAAGCAACAGCAGCAACUCCUCGAAGGCCACACAGUCGCGAAGCCGGAGGAAAAACAGGAACGGAACCCCACUGCCAGCCUUGUCUUUCUGGCAGCGGCGGCGACCAUUGCCUGUGAAGUGUAGACGACAACGACCAUGGAGGAGAAACGCAUUGCCGACUACUUUGUGGUGGCUGGAAUGCCAGAGCAGCCACAGCUGCUGCAGGAGAACAUAUUCAAUGAUUCGGGACGACUGAGGGCGGCCAGCACCAUUGAGCCCAUCACAGACAUUGGCGUCUUCUUUCCGCUGCUGGGCGAGGAGGUGCCCGAGGGCUAUGAGCUGCUCGAACAGACGCCCACAGGCCUGCCGGCGAACCUCAAUCAUGGCUCUGUUCGCACCACUGAAUGUUAUAUAUACUUUCGGCGUGGCAAGGAUCGCCCACCACUGGUUGACAUAGGUGUCCUCUACGAUGGCCACGAACGUAUCAUGUCGGAUGCCGAGAUUGUGGCCGAGACACCGGGCGGUCGUGUGGCCAAUGUGAACAACUCUUCGGCCAAGACCUUCCUCACGUAUCGUCGGGCACGCGGCGAAAUGCCCUGCAAUGAGCUGGUGGUAACCGAACUCUGCGUCAUCGUCCAGAGCAAGGGAGAGCGGGCGCCGCACGCCUUCUGCCUGAUCUAUAAGACCCUGAACAAGGGCUACGUGGGCAGCGACGUUUAUCUGUGCUACAAGAAGUCCAUGUACCGACCGAAGCACAUCAGCUACAAGCCGGAAAUUCUGCUGCGCUAUCCCACAGUCGAUCACAACGAUUUCCCCCUCAACUUGUGCCCCAGCGUGCCGCUCUUCUGCCUGCCCAUGGGCGCCUCCCUCGAGGCCUGGCCCCAUGUCAAUGGCUCCGAGAAGCGCAAGCCCAUCAGUCCGGUCUUCAGCACAUUCGUGUUGACCGUCAGCGAUGGCACCUACAAGGUCUACGGCUCGGCCCUUACCUUCUACGAGGAUUACGAUGAGUCCCAACUGUCCGCAGAGCAGCGGGAACAGCUCGGCUGGGAUGAGGAAUUUGGCGCACAGCAUUCGCUGCACAUGAUCAAGGCGAUCUGCGUGCUGUCGCAUCAUCCCUUUGGCGACACCUUUGACAAAUGGCUCAAGUAUCUGCAUCGUAUGGUUUUGUAUGGCGUCAAUAUACCCAUACCCGUGGAGCGUUACAUUACCCAACUGCUGGAUGAGGUGCCCUUUCCGGCACCGAGCAUACAUCUGCAGCUGUCUAGCGAGUCGAAUGAUCGAAUAUUGCUUACCCAGCCGGAGGAUUCGCCUUUGCCGCGCAGUGGCGCUGGCUUUCACAUGCUGCUCCAGAAUCUGGGCACCGACAAUUGUCUGCAUGUGCUGCUGUUGGCCCUCACCGAGCAGAAGAUACUCAUACAUUCGCUUCGACCGGCCACGCUGACGGCUGUGGCCGAGGCCAUUGUCUCGCUGCUCUUCCCCUUCAAGUGGCAGUGCCCCUACAUACCGCUGUGUCCCCUAGGGCUGGCCGAAGUGCUGCAUGCACCGCUGCCGUAUCUGAUUGGAGUCGACUCGCGCUUCUUCGACCUCUACGAGCCGCCCACGGAUGUCACCUGCAUUGAUCUGGAUACCAAUAAUAUCAGCUUGUGCGAAUCACAGCGUCAUUUGUCGCCGAAACUGCUGCCGAAACGUGCCGCUCGACUGCUCCGGCAGACGCUCACCGAACUGGAGAAUGCCAAGCCCAUCAGCAAUGACUCCACCAACAGCCUGGAUCGUGACAUACGCAAGCGGAAGCGGGAACUGGUGCUGGAGCAGCGCAUUCAGGAGGCAUUUCUGCUGUUCAUGGCAUCGAUAUUGCGCGGAUAUCGGGACUAUUUGGUGCCCAUAUCAAAGGCCCCAUCGGNUCGGCCGUGCCAGUCGCGUGGGGCUGCCAGUCGCAUGGGAUCGCAUCAGAAAUUCUUCGAGCUAAUGAUGAAAACGCAAAUGUUUAUACGCUUCAUUGAGGAGCGUUCGUUCGUGUCGGAUGGUGACCAUGGAUUGAGUUUCUUCGACGAGUGCGCCGAGAAGGUGGGCAACUACGAUGAGACGCCCGCGCAGCUGCACUUGGUGGACUGGGACACGGGCCAGAGCAGCGAGCGCACCAAGUACAUAUUCCCUCCAGACAGCGUGACCGCAGCAUCGGCAGCGGGAACAGCUUCGAUCAAUGGGGCGGGUGCGUACACCUACACCUACAAGAACUUUACGCUGCAGCCGGAGCUGCUGCAGACGAGCAGGAAGACGGCCAUGUCCAAGAUUCUGCAGCUGCAGCUGAACGCUUCGCUGUCGCCGGGCUCACCGAUUGCGCGCCGCACCAAGCACGAGGUGAAGCUGUCGCAGAAGAUGGCCAGCCGGUGUCAGCAGCAUCCGGAGGCGUGGUCCAAGUAUCUGCUGGCCACCUGCUACUCGCUGUACUUCCUCAUUCUGCCCUCGAUGGUGAUCGAUCCGCGGCAUGCCGGCAAGGAGCACGACAUCCUACGCGCCGCCUACGAUGUGCUGGUGCGGGCCAGCAAGCUGAAGAUCACCUGCGAUGAGUUCUGCUACCGCAUCAUGAUGCAGCUGUGUGGCAUCCACAAUCUUCCGGUGCUGGCCGUUCGCCUGCACUAUCUGAUGAAGCGGUCGGGCGUCCAGCCCAAUGCCCUCACCUAUGGCUUCUACAAUCGAUGCGUCCUGGAGUCCACGUGGCCCAGCGACAGCACCACCCUCAGCCAGAUACGCUGGAAUCGCAUCAAGAACGUGGUCCUGGGCGCCGCACAGUUUCGACGCGCGGGCAAGCGUCGUGCCGCCUCCAAGGUGUGCAAGUCUUUGAGCGCCUCGCACGACCACAACCUGAGCACCUUGGAGACGGUCGACGGGCAGUCGCGCACCAGUCUCGCCUCCUCCUCGGGCGACACUCACGGCGGCCUGCUCGACUUUGCCGCCUUCGAUCGCCUGAGAAAUAAACUGGGCAGCAUUGUGCGCCAGACGGUGGCAGGCGGAGCCAGCGAACCACUGCCCGCCGAGGAUGUCGUCAACAGUGCUGCCGGACUGCUCAUCACGUCCGGAGAGCCGAGUGCACCGCACACGCCUACCUAUGGCGGCGACACCGAGAUUCUGGCCAAGGCUCUGCAACAGCCGCAGCAGCCAGUGCGUAAGCAGAUUAUGCAGAUCGGUGGCGGUGACGACGAGGAAGAGGAGGAGGACGAAGAGUAUACAGCCGCCUCACCAAUCACCCCGCAAAAGCUAUCCGAAUCGGUGGUGGAUGAUCUCCAUUACACUGGCGGUGACUACGAGGCCGAUGAGGAGGAGGAGGAGGACGACGACGACGAUGAUGACGAGGAUGAUGAUGAGUGUAUUUCGGGUGCCCAGAAGGGGCAGCACCAGCGUGUGCAGAGUCCCACCAAAAUAUCUCCACGUACGCCAGUGACUCAGAAUGAUCCGCUGGGUGCCCUCAACGAGGAGGACUCCUCCACGAGCACACCCACACAGCAGAAGCAGGAAGGACUGGCGCAGGAGCAGGAGACACAAUCGCAAUCGCAAACGCAGCCUGAUGGCAACAUAUACAGCGACAAGCCCAUCCUGUUCAGGGGACAGCGCAGUGCCACCUUCGAUGAGUCCACGCAGAUCGGCAAGAGCAUGCAUCGAUCGGAGACGAUGCCGGUGGCAAGCAGUGGGGUGACCCACAGCCUGGCCAAUAUCGGGUCAUCGCUGAAGUUUACAUUCGGACGUUACUCACCCGCACGAUUGUCCCUUAAGAAAGACUUGAAAUUGCCCGCCAAUAUAAUAGAAAAUAUAUCGAGCAUAAGUCCCAGUCUGACGGGAAGGAAGUCCAACGAAUUGAUUCAGGGAUCGCUGAGUAGCAUCAAGUAUGCGGCCAAUUCGCUGACCAAGAAGUUUGACGAAAUCAAGGGCGCUAUAUCGGCCAAUUCGACGCCAACGAAAACGAACAAUGGCCACCAACAUGCCCUGCCCCACCAUCCGCACCACCACCACCAUCAUCAUCAUCCCCAUCAUAGUGCGCAUCAGCAGCAGAACGAGCAGGAGGAGCAUGACGCUGCCGGCAGUGCGGGCCUCGAAGAGGGUAAACUGAGGCGCGUCUCCAGCGACCUGGAUCCCUGGGGCAGGCUAAGUGAAUCGCGCAAAUCCAGCUACAACAAUCUGGUGCCCCUCGGCGAGAACAGCUCCAGCGGUGCCCUGCACAUGCACGCGUUUCCGGCCCUGCCCGACAAUCUGUACAGUCCCAUGACAGAGGGUUCCAUGGAGCGGGAUUGCGAUGUGCUCAUCCAAUUGACGACAUGCUCGCAAUGCCACAACUGCUCGGUGCUGGUCUACGAUGAGGAGAUCAUGAGCGGCUGGACGGCAGAGGAUUCCAAUUUGAAUACCACCUGCCAUGCCUGCAACAAGCUCACCGUACCCUUCCUCAGCGUUGAGAUAGUGCGCGUGGUGGAUGAGGAGUCCAGCGAAGAGCAGGCGAAUGGAAAUGGCAGCCUUAAGAGCAGCUUAACCGUGCCGUAUCUAAAUCCUUUGGUGCUGCGCAAGGAGCUGGAGAAUAUACUCACGCAGGAGGGUGAUAUGGCGCUGAUCAAGCCCGAGUUUGUGGACGAGCAUCCCAUUAUCUAUUGGAAUCUGCUCUGGCUAAUGGAGCGCAUCGAAAGCAAGACCCAUCUGCCCGAGCUGUGUCUGCCUGUGCCGACCGAUAAGGAGCAAUUGGAUCCGCUCAGCAAGGUGAAGACGGUGCACAUUCAGUGCUUGUGGGACAAUCUCAAUUUGCACAGCGAGACCAGUGGCCCGCCCAUGUAUAUACUGUACAGGGAGACGCAGCCAACGAGUCCACUGAUCAAGGCACUGCUCACCGAUCAGGCGCAGCUCAACAAGAAUGUCAUUCAGCAAAUCAUUUCGGCCAUACGAUGCAAUGAUCUGGCCACUCCCUUGAAGCGUCUGGCCAACGAGCGGCACAAGUUGAAGAGCAAUGGUGUGGAGCGUUCGCAUUCCUUCUAUCGGGAUAUACUAUUUCUGGCCCUCACGGUCAUCGGUCGCUCGAAUGUCGAUUUGGCAACAUUCCAUCGCGAGUACGCGUCCGUUUUCGAUAAGCUGACGGAGCGCGAAUGUAAUAUGUAUUACCGCAAUCAGGAUCUGCCGCCCUCGGCCUCAACGAUCUUCUGUCGGGCGUACUUCCGACCCUUGCUGCUGCCCUGACGCACUCGGGAUGGCGGCUGUACUGCCUCCGAUUCCGAUCACGAUCCCGAUCUAGAUUCCGAUCCCGAUUCCACUUCGGAUUUGAGUGAUGAGAAAACGGACGAAGAUCGAGACGGAGAUGCAGAUGCAGAGGAAGAGGACGGGGACGGUGAUGGUGAUGGAGAUACAGAUGAAGAGUCCUGAAAGAAUAAGACGACCAAAAAACAACAACUAAAAACAUAAACAAUUUGAAAGAAGAGUAACUUUUGACAACAAGAAAACGCUUAUCAUACAGACAGACAGACACACGACAUAAACACUAACACACACACACACAUAAACACACAUCUACUUUUUCUGAACAUAAUUUGUAAGUACUUAAAUUGACAUUUUCGUUGCACUUUUAACGAUGGUAUCAGCAGCAACAGCCACAGGCAGCAUUAGCCAAUAGCUUGUGGGUGCGUCUGUGUCUGUGUCUGCCUGUGUGGUCCAUCCCAAAAUCGACUGGUUUCUGUGACAAUACACACACACACACACACUACACACUCGUUUACAGUGCGUUUCGUGACCCAUAUUUGAAUACUUUUUUCUUUUAAUUUUCAAUUAUUGGAUACAAUAGUAGGAUCCAAUUCGUCUCCUAUCUGCUUGAGGAUUAAGCCCUCUUGACUCGCUGGAUAUAACUGCAGGAAUAAGUCAAUCGUUAGCUAAACAUAGUUAUCAUGGGUGGGGUUGUACCAAACCAUGGGAUCCUUACAACGGCAACUCCUUGGGUGGUUGUCUGCCCAUGUCUGAGAUCCAUACUUGAACUUCAUUUUUUUGUUUGGUGGCUGUAGGCACGAGUAUGAGUUAAAUGUUUUUAUGUGUUUUAAGUAAUUUUGAUGCCUGAAUUGCCUUACAUCUCUGAAACGCACUGUAUGUAGUACUGUAGUACUCUGUUCCAUAACAAACCACACAACAACUGAAGAACCUAACUUGGAUAAGUGUUUUCCUCACAUUUACAUGAUUCAAACUCUCGACCCUCGUCAUAUUUGCCUUAUUAUAUAUAAUAUAACGAUAACGAUAACAAUAACGAUAACGAUACAUCAGCUAGUGUGUGUGUUUCUGGAAUAUACAUACAUUAGAUUUGUCUAUUUGUACGCAUGUGUGUGAUCUUUUAUAUCAUUAGAAGCAUUGUGAGACAGCCCUCGCCCUCUCCACCCACACAGUCCACUGGCCUACAGCACUACCCAGUCCACAAUCUGGCUUGCAUACCCCCAUCCCCCGCCCCUCUCCAGUUAUUUUAAAAAUAACCCAUUCCCUCACAAUGCUCUCGAGUCGAGUCUUUUAGUUAGCUUAGCGAACUUUUUGGCUACGGUUUAAAUGGGUAGACGGGGUACAUUAUGUAUGUGGGAAUGGAUUGGUAUUGGUAUUCUACUAUAAUUU